GGGCGUUUAAAUUUCUCGUCCAUUCAUUUGCAGAGAAGGAGGUGACCCCACCAUCUCCAGCACGGCUGGGUGGAGAUCGCUUAUAAACGCGUUAGCGCACCAGCAGGAAAACUCGGGAUUGUUUAUUCUUUCUGUGAAAAAGCCUGCAUAAACUGCACAUCAGUGAAGAAAAGUGCAGUGAAGUAACGGAGUAAGCAGUGCAUGUAGAGAAAGAGCUGAUGGAGCGCGUGUGACUCUGUCCAGGUUCAGUGUGGGAAGGACAUGUCCAAGCUGUUCCGAGCCGUGAUCCUGGGUCCGCCGGGCUCGGGGAAAGGAACCAUCUCGGAGCGGGUGGCGAGCAGUUUCGGCCUGCAACAUCUGUCCAGCGGUGACUUCCUGCGCGAGAACAUCGCAGCUAAAACUGAGGCUGGAGUUUUGGCUAAAACGUACAUAGAGAAAGGUGCUUUGGUGCCAGACCAUGUGAUGACCCGCCUGAUGCUUCCCCGGCUAGAGGAGAUGACCCGCCACAGCUGGCUGCUGGAUGGUUUUCCUAGGACUCUAGCCCAGGCCGAGGCUCUGAACAGUGCCUGCGAGCUUGAUGUGGUCAUUAGUCUUAACAUUCCUCUGGAGACGUUGAAGGAAAGACUGCGUCAUCGCUGGAUCCACCCAGCCAGCGGGAGGGUGUACAACAUGUGCUUUAACCCUCCCCGUGUCCAGGGAGUGGACGAUAUCAGCGGUGAGCCACUGAUUCAACAUGAAGAUGAUAAACCAGAGGCACUGGUUGCCAGAUUGAGGCACUACAAAGACGUGGCAAAGCCUGUCAUAGAUUUAUACAGGGCCAAAGGCAUCCUACACAUGUUUUCGGACACAGAGACGGACCGGAUCUGGCCUUACGUCAGCUCACUUCUGAGCGCAAAGAUCCCGACAGACCUAGCAGAUGCUCAAAGGGCCACAACCCACUGAAGAAACGGUUAAUGGUUAAUUCUACAUGGAGGUAUAUCAGUCAUCACUUAGACCUUCGUUACAUAGUUCGUUCCUUAAAAAAGCUAUAGUCUUUAUCCCUCUCUUUCUAUUAAAUACAGUGUAUCAAGAAUGAAUCAUCUGAAUCAUCUUAUUUUUUAAGCAUUAUUUUAGAUGCAGCAAGGAACAUGCCAAAGCCUCUGUCUGCUUUAUCAAUCAUUAGCAACAGAAGAAUACCUGCUGACUAACCUGGUUAUUCAUUUUUAGUGUUUUUAAGAAAACACAGCCAUAUAUAAGUAUGUACUUUAAGUAGAAAUAUGUAAGAUCUUCACAAAUCAGGGUGGAUAGAUGGUUUAAAGGUUUGUGUGUGUAAUAAGUUAGUAAUAAUGAAUAUAUGUGACUGAAUGGAAAGGGAAAUAUUAUUCCAAUAUUCCUGUGACUUAUCUGAUUAUGUCAUUUCUAUCAUUUUUUCUGAUACACUACUCGGUCUUACUGGAACAUGUGAUUGUGUCUUAUGCUGCCUUUCUCUCUGGAAUGUUCCAUCAAUGUUCUUAUAUGACUUCAACUGUUACUGCCUGCACAGACAGUGCCUGCACAGACUUAAAUAACACUGUGCUUGCAGUUUUUUCAGGCAAAUGAAAUGUGUGUGUGUAUGUGUGUGUGUGUGUGUGUGUGUGUCUGUGUGUGUGUGAGCUGAAUUUUUGGACUGUUGGAGGUUAGGACUUUGAGAAAAUGUUACAUGUACAGAAUGUCACAUGUGCCAUAUACAUUGAGAACACUGACAGGUUCAAUAUCAAACUCUUUCUGUAAUUUAACUGUGACUCAGUGAGAAUUUUUGCCAACAGCAAUUUACAAUUAAUUAUGUAGUUUUGUAUGAUUUUGAAAAGAAUACUUAAUAUUUUUUGGAAAAGUUGAUGCUGUUUUCCUAUGCUACAAAUCACCUGUCUUGAUAAAAGACUGAGAUAAGCUUGUGAACCACAGUGUCUGAGCUGCAGGCUGAUAGAGGUGAGGCAGGAUAAUCUCUAUAUGCAAGUUUAAAUGAAAGCAAAUACUACAUUACCUCUGAGCUACUUAACCUUUUCACAGCAUUACAACUCUCUCUAUGCGUGUCUCUUUCAAUAGACACAAUACAGUAUAUGCAAGCCAAAGGUCAAAACAAACCCCCUCACUCUCUUAUUGUGCAAUACCACACAGUUCUGAAUUUGUCAUCUCUAAACCAAAUAAAUCUUUUCUUGUUUCUAAAAA